UUAGUAGCCUAGCUCGAGCGUCCGUCUCCUACCGGUCGGUGUUGCCAACAAACUCUCCCUGUCAUGGCCAUGCUGCAGUGCUGCACGUUGUGACAACCCACGCCGCGAUGAUGACCGACAUCUCAGAAGAGCCGGAGAAGGACAACUUGCUCGAAGCGCCACGAAGUUUGACGGUGCCCGGUUGUGGCACAAGGCCCAAAAACGGCGAUGGCGGCAUCAGGCCUACGGAGAAGAGAGGACCUUACAUCAUGUCCAGAGCACCGGCCAUCCACCUCAAACUACAAAGACACAGGGAGCUAGCCAGGAAAGCUCUGAAAAAGAAGGCUUUCUCACCAGGACCUCCUGUCAUGCAUCAGCCCAGACCAGGAGCCAGGAGAAAAGUCAAGUAUAACAAGGGAUACACUGCCUUGAGUCAACAUGCAGAGGAAACUUUGAUUGCACUGGAUUCAGACAGUGAUAACGAGAUUGAUUUUGAGCAGUGCUCCUCGGGCUACUCCUCAGCCGAGAUCCAUCCUGACCUGAAUAGGCAGCUGCUUCAAGAUGGCUACCGACUGGACGAGAUUCCCGACGACGAGGACCUGGACCUGAUCCCGCCCAAAGCCAUGGGUUCCUCCGUGUGCUGCUGUGUGGAGGGUCCGUCCUGCUGCACGCAGUGAAAGGCUGCCGCUGUAUUGCGGACCAUCUAAGCAGGUUUGUAGUGGGUGUCGGAUGCCGGCGCUUGCUGCAUUCCUGCCCCUUCCCAGCACUGCAGCUGUUUCCUACUCUGGAGCCGAGAGCCGGACUUCUUCUGAGUCGCAUGACAGCACAGAUGGACAGCAGAAAAAAAAAAAAAAAAAAAGCCUUAUCCACUGUGACUCCAAAGCUUGACCUAUUUUUCUAUUUUGUAUUUUUUUUUAUACGUCUAACUAUGCUAGCACUAAAAAUAGUGACUUGCGUGGUCUUGUGGCGUCUUAAUGUUUCAUCUGCAAUUCUAACAUUCUCUGACUGCUGUUACAUUAAUAUGUCACAUAUUCCCAUAUUUAUCAUCUUAAUUGGUUUAAAUAGGCUAUCAAAUACACAAAUAGUGUAUGUAUGGGGUUGAGCGAUGUGUUUUUUUUUUUAAUGGAUAUGUAAUAAUUUGUAUAAUAAUUAGUGGGCAUUGUUGUUAUGAUACUGUUACUGAAACUCACUCCCCUACCAAGGAGUAUUACGGCCACAUUGGAAAGGGGGGAAAUUAUACUACAAGAAUAAAGUCAAAUUUUAGGAGAAAAAAGCAGUUAAAUAUUACAUGAAAAGUUGUAAUACUAUAAGAAGAAAGUCUUAUUUUUAUGACAAAAAGUCAUUGCGAAAAAAAUUAUUUUGGACUAACAUUUCGACUUUGUUCUUGUUCUAACAUAUAUGACUAUUCAUGUAACCUUACACAUUAUUCUUCGGAACAUUGGGACUUGAUUCAUGGAACAUAACUAUUCUUGCAACAUUCUGUCUUUAUUCUCGUGAUAUUACGACUUUGUCAUAACCGUGCAUGUUUAGUCUUUUAACAUUACGACUUCAUUUUUUUUUUUGCAACAUUGGAACUUUAUUCUCGUAAUGUUACGACUUUAUUGUCAUAACGUUCUAACAUUAUUCCCGUAAUGUUAGGCUGUUCUCAAAACGUUACAACUUUGUUCUUUGCGUUAUUGUCACAUUACGACUUAAUUCUCGUAACAUUACAACUUUUUUUUAAUCAUAACAGGAUUUUUUUUUUCUUGUACCAUUAGGACUUUAUUCUUGUAACACCCCAUCUUAAUUAGUGUAACAUUCCAUCUUUUUACUCGUGACAUUACUGCUUUUUCCCUGUAGCAUUAUGUUUUGGUAAUAUUAGUUUUAUUCUUAGAACAUUAUGACCGUAUUCAUGUAACAAGACUUUAUUUGCUUAACCUUUUGACCUUAUUCUAUAGACGUCUUUGUCUCAACACUGACUUUAUUCGUUAAAACUUGAUUCUUGCAGCGUUAUGACCAUCGUAAUAUCAAAACAGAAUUCAUGUAACAUUACGCCUCUAUUUGCGUAACAUUCCGACUUUAAUCAUGAACAUGAGCACUUAAUUCUCGUAAAAUGACUUUAUUCAUGUAGCAUUUAGACUAUUAUCGUGAAGUUACGACUGUUCUAAUCAAAUUGAAACACAAUUCUUGUCAUCUUACAAAUUUAUGAAUUUAACAUUACAACAAUAUUCUUGUAUCAUGACUUCAGUCUCGUAAGAAUGACUUUAUUGCAACUUUUCAACUUUUUAUUCUCAAAACAUUCCAUCUUUAUUCUUGUUACGUCUUUCUCGUAACAUUAACACGUUAUAUUCCCCCAACAUUCCGUCUUGUAACAUUGCAACCGUCACUGAUGGUGUAGUGCUACACUCGCCUGACUUUGUUGUGGGCAGCGUGGGUUCAGUUCCCACUCAGUGACGGUGUGAAUGUGAGUGCAAAUGGUUGUCCGUGUCUAUAUGUGCCCUGCAACUGACUGGCGACCAGUUCAGGGUGUAGUCCGCCUUUUACCCGAAGUCAGCUGGGAUAGGCUCCAGCGUCCCGCGACCCUAACCAGGAUAAGCGGUGUUGAAAAUGGAUGGAUGGAUGCAACAUAGCAACCUCAUUCUCUUACGAUAACAUUCACGCAAUGUUUCAAUGCUUUUUGGUAGCAUAGCAAAUUUUUUCUCAUAACAUUACAAGUUUUAUUCCUUGUCGUGUUCCUAUUUUCUCUUUUCAGUGUGGCCUGAAGACACCUUCGUAGUCGUCUUCUGUCAAAAAGUUAACACAAGUGCGGUCUAGAAUUUACGUAAUGAGUGAACGAGCAAAGACCGUGAGCUAGGCACUGGUGUGUAAAAUGAAAACAAUACAUUAAAUGUACUUGGUUUGGAAAUGAACAUACAUGUAAAGUGCUAAACCAAAGGGGUUUCUGGUGUAUUGAGAAGCAAUGUUAUGCCAAGAGUGCGUUUACGCCACAAUAGUAGUUAUUUAUUGAUAACUUUAAGAGAUAGGAACAGCAGUAUGUCUCCAGAUGGGAAGGAUGAGAAUUGGUUUAUCACAUUUAGAUUUUUCACAUUGCGUUACAGAACUAUGAUUGCAACUGUUGGAAAUGUUUAUUUUGUGUGUGUGUGUGUGUGUGUGUGUGUGUGUGUGUGAGAGAGAGAGAGAGAGAGAGGACAAGUACUUUACUUUUUAUGUAUUUUACAUUUGCGUAAUAGAAACAGCUUUUUGUUUGAUGAUUAGUGGUUUCACCCCGCACUGACAUCGUGUUGCGGCAUUGGUUCUUCUGGAGGAAGCAAAGCACUUAUACUAUAGAACACAGCAAAUGGCAUUGCAAACCACCUUAUAAUGACUUCGACACAAUCAACAAACAAAUGUUGAAUAUUGUAAUGAGGAUAAGCAGUAUCAAAAACGGAUUGUGGGAUUAUCGUACAGGAUGCGCUAAAAUUUACCAACCUCUUGCCCAAAGUCAGCCGGGAUAGGCUCCAGCUCACCCACGACCUGAAUGAGAAUGGAUUGACGGCUUCAGAGAGUAACUCUUUAAAUUCUGUUGGUGUCAAGCAGCGGAUAGGCAUCCAAAAUUGGGUUUCAAGGCAAGUGUUUGGGUUUCAAAAUAAGGUUUCAGGACAUGGCUAGAUAGCUGGAUGGAUGGAUGGAUGGAUGGAUCGAUAGGAGAAAACUAUUCAACUUGUAUCAUGCGACUAUAGAUACUUAUUUCAUCCAGUGAAGGAAAUUCAAUUGUCACAGCAGCAUUAUUUACACAUAUACACUUAUAUUAAUGUUAUAGGAACAGCCAAGUAAAAACAAAUAGGCUGGCAAAGUAGGAUUUUGAGUUUGGGUUAGGCUUUCAAAUUAGGGUUUCAAACCAUUGGUUAGGGUGUCAAAAUAGGGUCUCUAGCCAGGGUUUGUGUUUCGUAUGAGGGUUUCUGGACUGGCUUAGUUAUGGUUAGCGUUUCAAUUCAUGGUUUUAGGGCAGAGUUAAGAUGGCAAAUUAGAUUUUCAAGGCCAAUGUUAGAGUUUCAAGUCUGGGUGUGUGGUUCUGUGUUUGUUGACUGGGUGGAGACCCUAAAAAGACAGUGAGUCCCUUCUUUCCUUCCUUUCAUACCAUCCCACUUCCCUUCUCUUCCUUAAAUAGUUCAUUUAAAAGUGUAAACUGUACCUCCUUUUGGCCCACGCAAGUUAAACAUCGGUGGUUGGUUGCAAAAGUCAGCCUGUGCUAUGCAACUGCUGGACAAUCUACUCGUCGACAUAUAUUGUUAUUAAACAAUGCCUAUGUUCUUUUUUAAUACGACUGUCCAUUUCCAUUUGUUUACAUGAUGAAAUAAAAGUCCCAUUGUC